AUGAGCGUGUGGUGGGCGGGGCCGGUGCCCACCAACAUGGCGAAGACCUACGACUACCUGUUCAAGCUGCUGCUGAUCGGCGACUCGGGCGUGGGCAAGACCUGCGCGCUGUUCCGCUUCUCCGAGGACGCCUUCAACGCCACCUUCAUCUCCACCAUCGGAAUCGACUUUAAAAUCAGAACGAUAGAGCUCGAUGGCAAGAGAAUCAAGCUGCAGAUCUGGGACACGGCCGGGCAGGAGCGGUUCCGGACCAUCACCACCGCCUACUACAGGGGAGCCAUGGGCAUCAUGCUCGUGUAUGACAUCACCAAUGAAAAAUCUUUUGAAAAUAUUCGGAACUGGGUGAGGAAUAUUGAAGAGCACGCCUCUCCUGAUGUUGAAAAAAUGAUCCUGGGGAACAAAUGUGAUGCAAAUGACAAAAGACAGGUGUCUAGAGAGCAAGGGGAGAAGCUUGCUGCAAGUUUCGGGAUUAAAUUCAUGGAGACCAGUGCAAAAGCAAAUAUAAACAUAGAGAAUGCAUUUUUCACUCUUGCAAGAGAUAUCAAAGCAAAAAUGGACAAGAAGUUGGAAGGCAAUAGCCCUCAAGGCAGCAACCAGGGAGUCAAAAUCACUCAAGAGCAGCAAAAGAAAAGCAGCUUUUUCCGAUGUGUUCUUCUCUGAGGGACACGGCCUUAAUCCGAGCUGGACUGUGCCUGUGCUAAGUGAGGUUUCCUCUUUCUGUGGACUUAGUGCUCCCAACAUACCUUGUCACUCUGUGACCAUCUGAAUAAGAAAUGGCUUAUUUUGGUAAUUGUCUGACUCUUCAAUUUUGGAGAUGAAACAAGUUUAUUUUUGUCAGAUUGCCACUGGGCAUGUGUAUUGUCUAGCAGAGGAAGAACAGAUCACGUGUGACCUGGGAUGCAGCACCAUUGCUUCAGUCUUCAUUUGUAUCUGUCACGUACCAGUUUAGAAAGAUGAGGUUGUGAUCAAAAUAAGAAACUCAAAUGCCACUGUUAAUGAAGUACAGGUGUGCAUUGAUGGUACAUGUGCUGCACACUGAGCAGUGGCAUGAGAACAUCCCAGAAAUGCACCCAGGUGGGCAGUGCAGGCUGAUGCCUUCCCAGGAGGUACCAGGGAGCUUUCUGCAGCUCCACCUCUUUACUGCUACAGAGAAACUCCUUUAUCUGCCUGUCUCUUACUCAGCUGGGUUACUCUAGACAAUCCACAAGUACAAUUGAUGUUUUAAAAAAAAUUCUCCUCAAAGGAAUCUCUAUUUUUUUAAGAAAAGAAUGUGUGCUGUACAUAGAAAGGGUCCUUACCAUUGGUAAUUCAUCCAUGUCAGACUUGACUGUGCUUAAUGAAGUACUCCAGACAUUCAGACAUGUUUAACAGGAGCUGAUGGCUACACUGAGUCCUGUCCAGAUGAUCUGUCAUCUGUCCUUGGAGAACCAGAGUCAGGCAGGGACACUUACACAAAACCUGGCACCUUUCAAUGGGUGGCUUUACCACUCUGCAGCUGGGAAUGACUCCAGACCUAUCAUGACAGAGUUGGCAGUUUUAAAUCAUGACAAGGAAACAUUGCACUGCUGCCAGUUGUGUGUUCCCAUGCACACCUGCUCACAUAUGCAAAUCAGUGUUGCACACCAGAACACUCUGUGAGUGAGGCUCUCUUGUGCUGGGUGUUGGUCACUGCAGCAUCAUUGUGCUCACAGCUUGUGCCAGAGCACACCCAGCCCUCCCAGAACAGGCUGUGUCACCAUCCCACAACCCCAGGCCAGGACAUUGCCAUGUGUGCAAGGGCAGAGCCCAGCACAGCUCCUGUAGGGGCUGCAGGGCUGGCUCUGGGUUCCACUGACAGGAGGAGGCAGCAGGAGCAUCCCUGUCCCAGGGGCUGCAGGGAUGCUGUGCCUGACCAGGGAACACACCUGUCUUGUCCUGCAGCUCCCUGGAACUGAAACAGCCUUUGUUUACAUUGACUACUGCACUUAAGGGUAAAAUCCAAGUUGAUUUUGAAGUUGUGGAAUUUACUCACCAGUUUGGUUUUCUUUGAGUUUGUGGUAUUGAACUCUGGGCCUCAGAGUAGUGCUAAUAAGUGUUGCUGUGGUUAAAUAUCUGUUGGAUUCACAAUUAAAACUCUAUAAAUCUGCAGCAUGCAAUUGGGCCCAACAGGAAUACUGCCUGUUCCAAAAUGGAAAAAGAUUUCACUCUGUAAGUUGCUGGUUUAUAGAAAUGCAUUUUAGAGGCAUUUAGAUGAUCUCUGCCCUGAUUAAAGCUUUCCUCUAACCAAAACCUUAUGAUGGUUUGGUUCUUUGUUUACUUGUGGCUUUUAGCAUGAGGACUUGAUGAACAUGCCCUGUAGGGGAUUUAUACAUAGAUGUAAUUGUAGGAUAAAACCAUGUUAAGUUACUGAGGAGGCUUCUAGACAGAGUGUAGUUAACACAGACCUGUAGACUGGACAAGCAGCACCUCUGUCUUGAGCUAAGGAUGUUUUUUAAAGAUUUUUUGUGUGCUUCAAGUAAUGAUUGAGGUACAACUGGGGUGGUGAUAAGACAGGCUGAAUUUCCUACAUAACUCUGUAACAAUUUGCUUCUGGCUUAGUCAUAACUGUGGAUUGUCUUGCAUCUGCAUUGUGCUUUAUCCAGCCAGAUGCUGAGCCUGAUUUAUUUUUCAGAGUGACUGGAAAAAUUGGUGUUUAUCUGACUUGAUUCCAUGGCUCUGCCAUGAUGCUGGUUCUUGCCUGUGGACUGUAUCAAUAACUCAUCCCAAGAUGGGAAAACAAACCAUAUUCAUUUACAAGUGGGUAAAACCUGAAGGAUGGUAUUGUGAUUUUUCACUCAUUUUCUAAAUCUGAAGUUACUCUUGCAUUUGUAUGUGAAUACCUUCUGUUUAAACUUAUGCUGGUUGUUGCAUGUGUUUAUGUACCUAAUUAUGGCAUUAUUUCUUUUGAAAUGGUUGGGUUUAUGAACAACAACAUUAUUGCUUGAUCUCAGGAAGUCUCAUGCAGUUACUGUGACUACAGCCAUCACUGUACUUCUCUACACAGACAUUAAAUGUGUGUAAGCAACAGGAAACCUAAAAUGCAAGUGUAAGAGAGG